GCGGGAAAGAGAGACCUUCUUCCGCCUAGAGCCCGCUCGGCUGGAGGCGGGCGUCCUAGAGAAGGCCUGACGGGGCCGCUCCUGCCUCCCGCUGACCAUAGAGAUGCGGCUCCCGCCGGCCUCGGGCCCAAAGGUGAGAAAACUGAGAAGCUAAGAAGUUAAAUGACUUGCUCAAGGUCACACAGAUAUUGGCUUCCUAGUGUCUCAAGGAAACACAGUGAUGACCGAUUCUGUAUUGGACCCACAACAAGGGAACAGCAGUAAGGAAAUGGAUGGACUAUGCCCUCAGCUAUUACUAGUGCCCCUAUCCCUCCCUGACCGUGGUGUUCCAGGGCCAGUUCAGAGUAUUUCCUACUCGGAGACUCUCCCACCUGUGCCUACAAACUCAGACUGCCUGCUUGUGGAAGCCACAGCAACAGAGGGGAAUACAGGAAGCAUGGAAAUCCGUGUAGAAUCGGUUCCUGGAGACUUAUCCCACAGUUCCCCUGGAGAGACCCCAGCAACUGAGCAGUCUUUUAGUGAAGGGAACUCUUCAGAAGGAGUAGGCAGCUCCCUGCCUGGCAGAGAAACAGUCGGAGAGGAGAAGGAGCAAGAAGAAAAUGGAAGGGAUCUUCUCUCUCCUGAAGAGAAGGAAGGAGAAAAGAAAACAGAAGAAUGUGAGAGUGGGAACAACAAGGAAGUCCAAAAGACACGAAAAGGGGCCUGGCAAUUCAAAGGAGAUGUGGCUGCUGGCUCUGAAUCAUUGUUCAAGACCCACAUGUGCCCCGAAUGCAAGCGUUGCUUCAAGAAGCGGACCCACCUUGUAGAACAUCUUCACCUGCACUUCCCGGACCCCAGCCUCCAGUGCCCCAACUGCCAGAAGUUCUUCACCAGUAAGAGCAAGCUCAAAAUUCAUUUGCUUAGGGAGCUAGGUGAGAAGGCCCACCGCUGUCCCUUGUGCCACUACCGGGCUGUGGAGAAGAAUGCUUUGAACCGGCACAUGGCAAGCAUGCACGAGGAUAUCUCCAAUUUCUACUCGGAUGUCUACACAUGCCCUGUGUGCCGAGAGGAGUUCCGCCUGAGCCAGGCCCUCAAGGAGCACCUGAAGAGUCAUGCCAUUGAGCCCACACGCUUGCACUGCUUUCAGGAGGGCUGUAGUCAUGCAGCACCUGAUCGGAAGGCCUUUGUCCGGCACCUCAGGGAGGCACACGGGGUGCGAGCCGUGGAGUGCCGGCACCACUCCUGCCCCAUGCUCUUUGCAACGGCAGAGGCUAUGGAGGCCCACCGUAAGAGUCACUAUGCAUUUCACUGUCCACACUGUGACUUUGCCUGUUCCAACAAGCACUUGUUUCGCAAGCACAAGAAGCAGGGACACCCUGGCAAUGAGGAACUGUGCUGCGCCUUCUGUCCCUUUGUCACCUUCAACCCCGUGGCCUACCAAGACCAUGUAGGCAAGAUGCAUGCCCAUGAGAAGAUCCACCAGUGUCCUGAGUGUAGCUUUGCCACUGCCCACAAGAGGGUGCUGAUCCGCCACACGCUUCUCCACACUGGAGAGAAACCCCACAAGUGUGAAUUGUGUGACUUCACCUGCCGAGAUGUGAGCUACCUGUCCAAACACAUGUUGACCCACUCCAACACCAAGGACUAUAUGUGCACCGAGUGUGGCUAUGUCACCAAGUGGAAGCACUACCUCAGUGUGCACAUGCGCAAGCACGCUGGUGACCUCAGGUAUCAGUGCAACCAGUGUUCUUAUCGCUGCCACCGGGCUGACCAGCUUAGCAGCCAUAAGCUGCGCCACCAGGGCAAGUCUCUAAUGUGUGAAGUGUGUGCGUUUGCCUGCAAGCGGAAAUAUGAACUGCAGAAACACAUGGCCUCCCAGCACCGCCUUGGAGCCCCGGCCCCGCUCUACCCUUGUCGCUACUGCAGCUACCAGAGCCGCCACAAACAGGCACUACUGAGCCAUGAGAACUGCAAGCACACACGCUUGCGUGAAUUCCGCUGUGCCCUCUGUGAUUACCGGACGUUCAGUAACACCACCCUCUUCUUCCACAAGCGCAAGGCCCAUGGCUAUGUUCCAGGGGACCAGGCCUGGUCACAGAGCUCUGCUAGCCAAGAGCAGGAGGGCACUGAGCCAUGCCCAGCUCCUCCACCAGACCCAGAGAUCUCGAGCCAGGCUUCUCCCCAGGAUGAGGAACGAUGCCCACAGCCCAUGGAAUCCUUCGAGCCCAGCUUUAACCAAGCAUUUUCAGGGGUUUGUGUGGAGAAGGGAGAGGGAAAGGAGGAAGAAAAGAAUGCCCCCCAUGGGGAUAACUUUGUGGGACAGUCUCCCAGUCCUGCAGAAGUAGAUGAGGAUGGCUGCACCCUGCACCUGGAGGCACUGAGUGUUGAGCUGGGCCCUGCCGCUGGGCUUCCCCCCACUGAAGUGACAGACCCAUCCCUUGUGGAGUAUGGGGAUCUAGGCACCUCCGAAGCCUUGGGAUCAGAGGAGCCAGAUGGCCCAUUGGAGGGUUUGCCUGACUUUGAGGAAGAGCCGGAGCUCCAGAACAGUGGUCAGUCUAGGAUAGGGGCCGUGGGGGAGCCAGGACAAGAGAAGCCACCCCCUGAUGCUCCUAGAGAUCUUGUAUCCUCAGAGGACACUCUUUAUAACUUACAGGGGGUCCCAUUGCUUGAGACACCAGCCCUGUCCCAGCUCCCACAGUCAGAGUCAGUGCUCAAAGCACUAAGAAGACGGGACAAAGAGCAGGCAGAGACCCUGGUACUGGAGGGGCGAGUGCAGAUGCUGGUGGUGCAGGGGGAGGGACAAGCCUUCCGCUGUCCACACUGCCCUUUUGUCACCCGCCGUGAGAAGGCUCUGGGACUCCACGCUAAGACUGGGUGCCAGGGUCGCCGGGAGCCCCUCCUUUGUUCAGAAUGUGGGGCUAGCUUCAAGCAGCAACGUGGGCUUAACACCCACCUCCUCAAGAAGUGCCCCGUCCUGCUCAAAAAGAAUAAGCCUUUGCUCAAAUCUACUUCUCCAGUCCUUUUAGAUCCUCAGCCUACUGUUACUGUAGCCUUGGAGAGCAUAGCUGAGGGGACGCCACCUCCCACCACCUGGGAAAUUAAACUAGGGCCUGCCGAAAAUCUGCCCAAUGAGCCUCCCCUGUCACCCCCAGUUGUAAAAGAGAGUGGGAGCCCAUCAUCUGAUUCAUGCACCCCAAUGGAAGGACACCCUGCACCUGUGGAAGCCUCAGAAAAAUUCUACUUUGAGCAAGGGAAGUUCCAUUGCCAUGCUUGCCCAUUCCUGUGUUCCCGUCGCUCUUCUAUUACCUCCCAUGUAACUGAGGGCUGUCGGGGCCAAAGCCGGGGCAGCAAACGCAGCACCUACCAGCCUGAGUCAGGCCUGAACAGCAAUGACCCAGGUGGGGAGGAUCAUGCCCCGGUGCUCCCAAAAGGGCCCCGGCUUUCCUGCCCCUCCUGCUCCUUCAGCUGUAGGCAGGAACGGGCAUUGAGGACACACCAGACCAGGGGCUGCCCUGGUACUGCGGAGCCUGGAGAGCUGCGCUGCAGCCUCUGCCCCUUCACUGCUCGGGCUGCAGCUGCUCUGAGGCUCCACCAGAGGCGGCGGCACCGAGCAGCACCGGGACUCUCAUCACCACCUGGCCGUGGACCCCGUCCCCUACUGCAGUGUCAGGAUUGCAGCUUCACCUGUAAGCAGAGCCGGUGCCUACAGCAGCAUCGGCGGCUGAAGCAUGAGGGAGUGAAGCCCCACCAGUGCCCCUUCUGUGAGUUCUCAACCACACGGCGCUACCGCUUGGAGGCACACCGGUCUCGGCACACGGGAGUGGGCCGCAUCCCUUGUGGGUCCUGCCCCCAGACUUUCGGCACCAACUCCAAGUUGCGCCUGCACCGGCUCAGGGUUCACGAUAAGACACCCACACAUUUCUGCCCACUCUGUGACUACAGUGGCUACCUACGGCACGACAUCACCCGACACAUCAACAGCUGCCACCAGGGUACACCAGCUUUUGCCUGUCCUCAAUGCGAGGCACGCUUCAGUUCAGAGACGGCACUGAAGCAGCAUGCGCUGAGGCGACACCCAGACCCUACGCCCCUGGCUCCAGGCACACCUUCGGAGGCCUCUGAGGGUCCCCUGCCCUGUCCUCGCUGUGGUCUCUCGUGCCCCAGCCCCACUGCCCUGAGGUGCCACACCCGCAAGCAGCACCCCAGGCUAGAGUGUAGCACAUGCCAUGAGGCCUUCUCUAGUCGGGGGGCCUUGGAGGAGCAUCGAAGGCGGCAACACUUCAGCCAUCGCUGCCACCUGUGCAGUUUUGCUGCUCGGGAGCGUGCAGGGCUUGUGAGGCACUAUCUGGGACAGCAUGAGAAGACGGCGGCAGGGGAUGGCCCCGCCUUACACUGCCCCUUCUGUGAUUUUACCUGCCACCAUCAGCCGGUUCUAGAUCACCAUGUCAAGGGGCAUGGGGGAACAAGAUUGUACCAGUGCACUGACUGUGCCUAUAGCACCAAGAACAGGCAGAAGAUCACUUGGCACAGCCGCAUCCACACUGGGGAGAAGCCAUACCGCUGUCAUCUUUGUCCUUAUGCCUGUGCUGACCCCUCUCGUCUCAAGUACCACAUGCGAAUCCACAAAGAAGAACGUAAAUACUUGUGUCCCGAGUGUGGCUACAAAUGCAAGUGGGUAAACCAGCUCAAAUAUCAUAUGACUAAGCACACAGGAUUGAAACCCUACCAGUGCACUGAGUGUGAGUAUUGUACAAACAGAGCAGAUGCACUCCGGGUACACCAGGAGACUCGGCAUCAGGAGGCCCGGGCAUUCAUGUGUGAGCAGUGUGGCAAGGCCUUCAAGACAAGGUUUUUGCUACGUACCCACCUUAGAAAACACAGUGAAGACAAGCCUUAUGUGUGCAAUGUGUGCCACCGUGCUUUCCGCUGGGCUGCUGGCCUACGCCACCAUGCCCUUACUCACACUGACCGCCACCCUUUCUUCUGCCGCCUCUGUAGCUAUAAGGCCAAGCAGAAGUUUCAGGUGGUCAAACAUGUCAGGAGGCACCACCCUGACCAGACUGACCCCAGCCAGAGUGUGGGCAAAGACCCUACUACCCCAACAGUGCAUCUUCAUGACGUGCAACUUGAGGAUCCUGUACCCCUAGCUCCUGCUGCACCUGAAGGUUGAGAGACUUCUCAGAAGUCAUGGAUCAAGGACAAGGACUUGGACAAGAACCAGAUCCUGGUUCUGAGGAGGGGCAAGGAGUUUCUGGAUUUGUCACAUCAGGGAGGCCGGACCUCUCCUAGGACUGGGUAUAGGGCACUAUGAAAUGUACAGCUGUGUAAAAAAGACUGGAUCAGAGUAUGACUCUUAUUCCUACUUAGGGUGUUUUUUAGUCCUCAAGAUCCCUAAGAGUUUCCUCUAGAAAUCCUGAAUUCAGGGGGUCAGAUUUUAUUGAUUCUUUAAAGGUCUUUUCUUCUUACUUGUCAUGUCUUUCAGUAUUUCAUCAUCAUCAGGACAUUUUUAUUAAGCAUCUAAUGGCAUAUACUUUGUACAGAGCAAUUUAAACGGGAUGUGAUCUCUAGCUUCAGAUUUACGUCUGUCUUUUUCUUAAUAUACCUUAACCAGGCUGGCACUUUAUUCUGCCCUUUCCUUCUUGGACUGUUCUCUGAAAUCUUUCCAUUUUAAUGGAUCAGAUACAAAACUAAUGCAAGCCUUCACUCUCAUCCUUGUUCCUAUUCCCUGGGCCCCUACAUUAGUCCCAAGCCUCACCCCAGCUCUGAGAAAGGCUCAGAUAAAGGAGGUUUUAGCAAAAAGAGAGUCCUAAAACAGCUAAACAGUUGUAUUUCCUCUUUUUCCAUAGGAAUCCCCAGCCCUGAGACACGCCCAGAAGCUGACCAGCAGCUUUCAGGAGCUGAAGGGCAAAGACCCUGUGGGGGAAAGAGGGCUCUGGAGGUGAUAGCCCCUCCAGGGCCUCCCUCCAUGAUCCAGGAGUCUUAGGUGAGAUUUGGCUUCAGGCCUUUUGCAUUUUUCUUUCCUUCUUCCCCUUCUUUGCCAUCCACCUCACUAGGGCACUUUUCUGCUUCUUAUUCAGCAACUUUGUUCCCUUUAUCUUACCUUCUGUCCCCAACUCCUAGCAAAGCUGGCCUCUGCCUUUCUUCUUUGCUCAGGCCCUCUUUCUGCCUUUGCACAUCUCUCUGUUCUGAAACAAGGAUGAGCCAUACUCUAGACUGAACGGGAAAUCCAAGAGAGGAACUGCAUGUUACUCUUCAGAGGUCAGACACCGUGAAGUUCAGGGUGGAUGGCCUGGCUGUCCCACAGGCCCUGCCUGGAGGCCUGGCUUCUUUCUCUUAGUGCCAUACUUAUGGCAAAGGAUGCAUGGCUCUGCCUGGAAACUCCAGGUACUCCUUCUGGGUUCCUUAUCCCCAUGCUUCCUCUUCAUCUCUGCAGUAGCCUUUGGCCCAGUAUGGGAGUUAGAGUCCUAGGCCUGGUUCAGGGCAGAGACCACAACAAAAAGAGCAGCUUCCAGGAAGAGCUAGAGAACGGAGCAGAAAGCAGGGAAGAUGCAAAAGGCUUGAGGAAGCCGAGACCUAAGAGGAAAAGAGGAAGCCAUGAAGAGGCUUCUUUCCCAGAGUUAGGCAAGGCCUAGGGAUACAAGGAGAAACUCUGUAUAAUACAAGAGUUUGUUUUGUUCUUCUGAGUAUCCCACCUAGCCUGCCCUGCUACCUGCUAAGAAAGAAAAGGACCACCCACCUAAACUCCUGCUGAUGCUUCUCACUCAGUCUUCAUCUUCAUCCGGUUCCUCCCGGAUCUGAAUGUGCACAAAAAUGGAAGCGGGGUGGAGACUGGUACCAUCUUUAGAGAGGAGAUGUACGUGACGAUAACCUGAACGAUGGCAUGGUACAGGAGAGAAGGGGACAUGAUGAACUCUGACCCUUACUUAGGGUGGGAUCAAGUUCACUCUGCUGAGAGACACACCAGGGUUGGGUAGGAUAGAAUUUAAAGGUUAGACACACUGGCUCACCUUGCUGGACACAGGCCCAAGGCAGUGUGUACUGCCCAACAAAGUCAUUCCUUGAUGCCCUGUCAUAAUCUUCCACCACAAAUCGUAGGAGGGCAAGCUCUGGUACUCGGACCCGGAAUUGCAGGGUCUGCCCCCAAUAGGGAUUAAAACCUGGUGGGCCAGGAGACAGGGUUGACUACAGUCAAUGCGCAUAAAGGGAGAAGAUGAGAAGUGUCAGAGCCUCCCCCUCCCCAGCCCCAGGUCACUUCAUGGAGCUGGCUUUACUCACCAUUGUUCUCCACAUAGCUGGUCUCCUGCCGGGCUGUGUCUCCCGGAACUCCAUGGAUUUCAACCCGCACCAGGGGGUCCACAAUGGAGCCCUCUUUGCUAUUGGCCACUUUAGGUAGCUGCUGACCACUGAUUACCUGCAACCAGAUAGUCACUGAUCUAGGGCUACCCAAGUAGCUCACCAAGUAGCUCCCCCUGGCCUCUAUGUCCAGCCCAUGAAUAUCUGAUGUAAAUAUUCUGGAGCAGAGUUUGCUGGAGUUGUGAUUGGAAAUGCACCCACGCAGAACAGUAAGACUCUAAAAUACCUAACAUCAUUUCACCAGAUCAAUCUACCCGGAGUAAUCCUAACCACACUGCCCUACCUCCUUCACACACACAUUCUGUCUCCUCAUCGAGCCACACCUGAAUGAGAAGAGUCAGAGUAGGACUGGAUGGCCUCUCAGGGUGGAAGGAACUUUGGGGGUCACACAGGAAAGCUGGCUUCAGCACAUAGCCACAGUUGCCAUUCUGACCAAAAAGGCCAUCACAGAGGUCCAUCUCCAGCCCAGCAGUCUGGAUGUUGAGGGCCACUUGACAGGCCAGAGAAAAAGAGAAUGGGGACAGUUCAGACAGGUCCCUGGGUACUCCCCAAGGGUCAGCCAUUCCUUGAGACAGCCGGAAGAGAGAGGUAUUUUUCCACCCCCCUUGGGGCUCUGCCAUUCACUUGCCACUUACCCAUCUGGCAGCCUGCGUUCCAGAGCUCCUGAGGGCUGUAAUUGGAGGAGUCUGUCCUCAGGCCACUGGGGUACACACGACUAAGCUGCCAUGCAUUGUGUUGGACAAAUUCAUUCCCUGUAAAAAGAUCUGAGUGAGGGACCACUGAACUCUCAGUUCUCCCCCAGUGCUAGAGCCCCCCACCACAUCCUCUCUGCUCUUUCCCCCAGGACUUGUCUCAGUAGGACCUGUUGGACUUAUUAGAUCUCCUUCACUGCCAAAACUUGACCAUCAAGUCUCCUUUUCUUCAGUAUUUUUCACUUUCUUCUAUUUGGGCCCCUACCCCUGCCCCAGUAAUCCCACCUCCUCCCUCCUGUCCUCCUGCUCCCACCCUCCAUAACUCACCCCCUCUCUACCCUUGGCAGCCUCCCUGGACUUCAGUGCCCUGUUACACCACACUUAGCCUAUAUCCCUCCUCUGACUUUCAUUCUCUCCUUUUCCUAACCGGCCUCCUUGACCAGGCGCCGGGCCUUUGCCUCAGAGAAGGAUGAUGUCUCGUAGAGGCGGUAGUGAGCCUUGGAGUGAGCAAAACUUCGAAAUGGAACACUCUUCAGAUAAACGACUAGGGCUGACAGGGCUGGACACAGGGCACUCUUUGAUUUCUAGAGAGGAGAAGAAAGCAGGUGGUAGUGGAAAUGGGAUGGAAAGGAAAGAGAAGGUCCUGACCUGAAGCUGAACCAUCCCUUUCAUGCUAAGGCCCUCCCCACCACCACCACUAGGAUUCUCCUCCCAUCCCUUCCCUCCCCACCUCACCUGCUUGGGCAGGAGAGGGGACCCAGACAUGGGACCAGGGACCUGGGGCCCAGUCUGACAACAGGCAGACGGACACCACAGCCGACAGGACACAACCUGGGGGUGGGAAUGGGAAUAAAUGCAGCCUGGAUGCCCUAAUGGUGUCAGUGUGGGCUGCCUGUGUGCAUUCACUAUGCAUCGAUUCUCUUGCAGUUAAGAAGUAGAAUGAGAGGAAAUGCAGGGACUUAUUUAACGUGGCUAAACUUUGUAUUUCCCCCAGCCAGUGCCUCGCAAAAUCCUGCACCUAGUAGGUGCUUAAUAAAUGUUUGUUGAUUUUAAAA